UUGAGCUCGCGUGCACCCGAGUCGCGAACGUGUAUACAGUACCUUAGCGUAACGUGGAUUUCCUCUAACACGAAUUCGAGUGAUAAUCUUUCAAAGGAUAUAUCAAAAUGACGGAACAAUCGCAAGUACGUGCGUUCUACGCUAAUAAAAACUUCUUCAUAACCGGUGGCACAGGAUUCGUGGGGUUGUGCCUUAUCGAGAAGAUCCUGCGAAGUAUACCGGAUGUGGGGAACUUGUACUUGCUGAUGAGACCCAAGAAAGGGAAACAGAUUUCCGACAGGCUUGAAGAGUUCCCAAGCAAUCCCGUCUUCGAAAAGCUUCUAGAAACCCAAUCAAAAGACAUCUUCAAGAAGCUGAUACCGAUAUCUGGUGAUGUAGGAUCUGAAGACCUUGGCUUGAGUGCUGAAGACAGACAGGUUUUGGUAGACAAUGUCAAUGUGGUGAUACAUUCUGCAGCCACUUUGGACUUUGAGGAGAACCUGAGGCCUACUGUGAAAAUUAAUGUUUUGGGUACAAGACGGGUUAUGGAGUUAUGUAAACAGAUUAAAGAUUUGAAGGUUAUGGUCCACGUGUCUUCAGCCUAUGUGAACUCAUAUUUGACCGAGGCUCACGAGAAGGUAUACGAAGCGCCGGCGGAGGUGGAGAGCGUCAUCAACAUGGCGCAAAAACUGACUGACCAGGCUCUGAACGAUAUUGAGAGGACGCUCCUAAAGACUCAUCCCAACACAUACACAUUCACCAAGCACCUUGCAGAGCAUGAAGUGAAGAAUUGCGCCGAUUUGUUCCCUUGCACCAUCGUCAGACCUACUAUGAUCGUAGCGUCGUGGAAAGAACCCGUACCGGGCUGGACUUGUUCCAAAGUUGGACCUCAAGGAUUCUUGAUGGGAGCUGCUAAAGGCGUGGUCCGUCGCUUGCCGCUCGCUAAGGACAACAUCGCGGACUACAUACCCGUGGACGUGGUCGUCAACCAGUUACUGGUCGCUGGUUGGAACGCUGCCACGGAAAAAUCCGGUCUAACGGUGUACCACUGUUCUUCGUCAACGCAAAAGCCCUUCCGUUGGUCGAUGUUAGAGCAAGUGGUCAACAAUAUGUUGCACAACUACCCUCUGAAGAGUGCUGUUUGGUAUCCACACUUGGACUUCGUAUCAUCUCUAUGGCUGUUCCGCGUGUCGGCCAUAUUUGUCCACUUCUUCCCUGCCAUUUUGUUAGACAUGCUGCUAAGGGUCACUGGCGGUAAACCCAUCCUGUUCCGCCUGCACAAAAACGUAUGGAACUCCCUGAGCCGGUUAGAGACCUUCAUAUUCACGGAGUGGAGGUUCUACAACGAGAACACGCGGGAACUAGCAGAGAAACUGAACAAAACCGACUCUGAAACCUUCUACAUCAAUAUAUCCAAUAUUAUGUGGGAAGAAUACUUCGUGAAUCUACACUUGGGUGUGAGGAAGUAUUUGAAUAAGGAGAGUGAGAAGAAUCUGCCCGCUGCCAGAAGUAAACAGACUGUCCUCCUAGCGAUGCACAUAAUCUGGCAGGCGCUGGUGAUAGCGCUGCUGUGGUACAUCCUCGCGAGCUGCCUCGGCGUCAGCAUGGUGCAGGCCGCGUGGGCGCCGCCCGUCAUUUACUUCUUGUACAGCUUUUUAUAAUAACACCUUUAAACGAACAAUUAGAAAAGUCGUGGUUUCAUAGGAAACCCGGC